CGGAAGAAGGUACAGUAUAGUAAACAGAGCGAACCGCCUCUUUAAUUGCGUUUACCUACUUACCGUCGGAGCCGUUGAUUACGCCGGAAAAUGUCGUUAUCCACCUUCAAACCAGUUUCCUGCCGGAUCCAUCUGGUCGCCGGGGCAAAUGAUUCGCUAUCUAAAGUGUCUGAAGUCACAAUGAUGAAUAGACAAGCUCAACCUUCUCUUCCGGUGAAAGGAAAGGAAAAAUUAGUCUUGCAGGAAAGCCUAUCAGCUACAUCUAGGCGAGAAAUGAUGCAGUUGACAGCUGCUGCGUCUGUAGGUCUUCUAUCUAUUGUGUUGCCAGCAUCUGCUGAAGCGAGCACUAGAAAGGCGACAAUGAGGCAGAAGAUUAGGGAGAAAUUUGAAGAGUUGAGGCGAAAGGCUGGUCUGUCAAAGCCAAAAGAUGAAGGUGAAGAAAAGAAACAAAAAGAUGAAGCAGGAGGCAAGCCUAAGGUACAAAGCGGCACAAAAGAAGCAAAGCCGAAACCAAAGGUACAACACAGAGGCAAUGGAACCAAGGCAGAGAUAAAAGAUGAAACAGAGCAGCCAAGCACAUCUCAAGAGUCCAAACAUGAAGGGCCAAUGAUUCCAGCACUUCCAGGUAUCAUAAAUGAUAAACCUAUUGAAACCACUCUCCCGUGACCUAAUUCUGCACUAUCUGUAUGUUGACAUUUUGGUUAACCAAUGGAUUGCCAAUUUCAUUAAUAAA